CUGAUGCAGCCAUCACAAACCAUUUACUGUUGACGAAUGGAUAUACCCAGACGUGUCGAUAUUUCACCUGAUAAACGAUUGAAAGCUCAGUUACUGACGCUCAGUCGAUCUUUACCGCUUUGCCUGGUGGAAAAAAUGGCCACGGAGUUAUUCCAUACCCGGACCAUCACCGGUCAUGAAGUUGAAGUUAUUGCAUCUCAACGCACAGACCGUGAAAAAGCAUCGCAGCUAAUUCAGAUUGUGCUGCGAAAGGGCCGAAAAGCAUCUGAGAUAUUCUACCAAUGUUUGAGAGGUUGUUGUCCAGAUCUGCAACUGAUGGGCACUGCCACAUCACUAGAUCCUGUUUACGAACAAUCUAUAUCCAAGACAAAUAGAAUCAACAAACAACCGGUCAAGGACACUUCUAUUGUAAUGCCGGGAGACUACAGAAGCAUACCCACUUCUGACUGUCAUUGUACCAAAAGAGAUUUCACUCCUUAUGCACCAUCCUAUGUCAUAAACAUCCACAAUUCUGUCUUGUGCCACUGUGUCAUUGGGGACAACAGCAGCCAAGUCAUUUCCACUGAAAGGGACCAACUCUUACAUCAGAGGCAAUACGGUGGCCUACAAGACGUGAGAAACAAUUUGAUAGACGGUCAGCAGGGGGCAUCAGAGGUCUCAGCAGGAGAACCUCAUAUUCAGGUGCAGAAUUCCCACAUGGAGUAUGUCAUCAUCGGUGAUCACAGUUCAAUGGUGGUCACUACGUCAGAAAGCGAGGAGGAGGAAGAGGGAGAAAGAGAGGAACAUGAGGAAUGCCCGCAGGAAUGCCCACAGGAAUGCCACGACGACAGCUCAACAUAGUGUUCCAUAUGGACUUUUGGACAAAUGGACCCAAACAGGAUUUUGGGUGGGGACGGAUUUGUAUUAAUGGGGGUUUUGCACUUGUGUAUUCUUUCUCCCAGAACACUGAUGUCAGUUUCUUAUGUUGUAAAUGGGAUCUCAGGUGCUUUAUGACAUUCGUCUGUUAUUUUUGUAUAUACUGUACUAUAAACUGUAUAAGUAAGAAUACUGUGAACUUACAACUACCCAAAGACACAGACAGAGAAAACAGAUAUUCUCUUUUCAAUGUUUUCCUUUGACUUUUUCUAUGAUCUGUCAGUAGGAGUACAACUGAUUGGAUAACAGUGCAGAAAAUGUUUCACCAUUUCUGUUUUAUAUCUAAAACCAUGUAAUCGAUCGUGAAUCUUAAACAUAAUAAUGGCACUUAUCUAGUGACGAGACCAGUGACAAUGCAUUUUACCUGAGGCUGAGGAGUUGAACAUGUUUAAGAAUGUCUUUUGGAUGUUUUUUUUUAAUCGGUGCACCUCAUGGUAUGUAAAAAUGCAUUUGAGGUCUGUGAAAAGUUCAAUGAAUUCUAUGA